CACAGGCGUCGCCGAGCCCGCGCGCCCCCCGCGCCCCCCGCGCGCGCCUCGCGCCCCCCGCGCGCGCCCCGCGCCCCUCGCGCCUUCCCGCGCCCGGUCCCUAUGGAGGCGCCGCUGGCCGGCGAGGCCGCCGCCGAGCAUGCCUAGGAGGGCCGGCAGCGGGCAGCUGCCGCUACCCCGGGGCUGGGAGGAGGCCAGGGACUACGACGGCAAAGUCUUCUACAUCGACCACAACACGCGCAGGACCAGCUGGAUCGACCCCCGGGACAGGUUAACGAAGCCCUUGUCCUUCGCCGACUGUGUUGGGGAUGAGCUGCCAUGGGGAUGGGAAGCCGGGUUCGACCCCCAGAUCGGGGUCUAUUACAUCGAUCACAUCAACAAAACCACGCAGAUCGAAGACCCGCGGAAACAAUGGCGGGGCGAGCAGGAGAAGAUGCUCAAGGAUUACCUGUCGGUGGCGCGGGACGCGCUCCGCACGCAGAAGGAGCUGUACCACGUGAAGGAGCAGAGGCUGGCUCUGGCCCUGGACGAGUAUGUGCGGCUCAACGAUGCCUACAAGGAGAAGUCGAGCUCACGCACCAGCUUGUUCUCAGGCUCUUCCUCCAGUACUAAGUACGACCCCGAUAUCUUGAAGGCCGAGAUCUCCACGACGCGAUUAAGGGUGAAGAAGCUGAAGCAGGAGCUGUGGCAGAUGAAGCAGGAGCUGCUGUAUAAAGAGCAAGGCUUCGAGACGCUGCAGCAAAUCGACAAGAAGAUGUCUGGCGGCCAGAGCGGCUACGAGCUGGGCGAAGCGAAGGCCAUCCUGGCCGAGCUGAAGUCCAUCCGCAAGGCCAUCAGCUCAGGAGAGAAAGAGAAGCAGGACCUGAUGCAGAGCCUGGCCAAGCUGCAGGAACGCUUCCAUUCGGAGCAGAGCAUCGGCCAGUCGGAGCCAGACCUGAGAUCGAGCCCCGUCAACUCCCACUUGUCCCUCUCCAGGCAGACCCUGGACGCCGGUUCGCAGACGUGCAUUUCCGGAGACAUCGGAAUGAGAAGUAGAUCGAAUUUAGCCGAAAAGGUCAGGCUGAGUCUCCAGUAUGAGGAAGCCAAGAGAAGUAUGGCCAACCUGAAGAUCGAGCUGUCGAAGCUGGACGGCGAGGCCUGGCCGGGGGCGCUGGACGUGGAGAAGGAGCAGCUGAUGCUGCUGCAGGAGAAGGAGGAGCUGCUGAAGGAGCUGCAGUUCGCCCGCCCGCAGACGCGCUCCCAGGACGAGCUGGACCGGCUGGAGGCCGAGCGGCAGCGGCUGGAGCAGGAGCUGCUGGCGGUCAGGGGCGCCCCGAGCCGCGCCCUGGCCGAGAGAUUGAAAUUGGACGAGCGAAGGAAAGAGCUAUUACAGAAACUUGAAGAAACGACUAAAUUAACUACUUAUUUGCAUUCGCAACUUAAAAGCCUCUCGGCCAGCACCUUGUCCGUGUCGUCGGGCAGCAGCCUGGGCUCCCUGGCCUCCAGCCGCGGCUCCCUCAACUCCCUGAGCUCGGGCGAGCUGUACUACGGUGGCGUGGGCGAGCAGCUGGACGGCGACUACCAGUACAAGCUGGACUUCCUGCUGCAGGACAAGGGCGGCUACGCGCCCGCGGGGCCCAUCACCACCAUCCUGGAGAACGAGGUGGUCAAGUGCCCCCCCGGGCCGAGUGGGCCCGGCGGGGGGGCCGCGGCGGGCUCCGGCCUCCCGCCGCCGCCACCGCUGGCCGAGGCCCCCACGUCGGUGACCUCGCUGUCCUCCCGCUCCUCCCUGUCCUCCCUGUCCCCGCCCGGCUCGCCCCUGGCCCCCGACGCCGCCUGCCCACUGGCCUCCCCCGACGCCACCCUCCUGCCCUUCCCCGCCGACUUCGAAGACUGUGAGUUGAGCCGCCGCUUGGCCGACCUGGGCCUGGCCGACGGCCAGCUGCUGCUGGACGCGGACGCAGGGGGCGCGCCCCGGCCGCUCGUGGAGGAGAAGGAGCUGGACGGAAGGGCCGCGGAGGUGGAGAGAUCCUUGCCCAAGCGGAGGGCGGCCCACCUGCUCGGGGAGAAGGGCUCCUGCGUGUCUGCCGCCGUGUCCGACGAGUCCGUGGCCGGGGACAGCGGGGUCUACGAGGCUUUCGUGAAACAGCCAAGCGAAGCGGAAGACGCCCCAUUCGGCGAGGAUGACAGCCCUGGCCCGGAGACGGCACAGGUGCAGAUUGGACUCAGAUACGAUGGGAAAAGAGCGAGCUUCCUGGUAAUCAUCACGCAGCUUCGGAAUCUCCACGCCUUCCUGGUACCUCACACUUCCAAAGUGUAUUUCCGGGUCGCUCUCCUGCCCUCCUCCGCGGACAUCAGCUGUCUGUUUCGCACCAAGGUCCACCCGGCCACGGAGUGCAUCGCCUUCAACGACGUGUUCCGCGUGGCCAUCUCCCAGGCGGCCCUGCAGCAGAAGACGCUGCGAGUAGAUCUGUGUGCCGUCAGCGAGCACCGGAGGGAGGACUGCCUGGCUGGAACCCAGAUCAGUCUGGCCGAUCUACCGUUUUCCAAUGAGAUUUUCACGCUGUGGUAUAACUUGCUACCUUCUGAGUCGAAGCAAACGCUGUGGAAAAAGGACGAAGAUGAAAGCGAGGACUCCGCCCCUCUCGUGGACCAGCCGUUAGCGGUGGACGCCAUCGACCUGGACGCAGUGUCGGCCUUGCUGGCUCGAACGUCAGCAGAGCUGCUGGCUGUGGAACAAGAGUUGGCACAAGAGGAAGAGGAGGAGGAAGAGGAGCAAAGGGGCCCCGAUGGAGACUGGCUGGAGAUGCUCCGGGAGGCCUCCGAGGAGCUGGCGGCCAAGGACGAGGCGCCCGGGAGACCGGCAGACGGAGGCAGUGCCGGACCCACCAGGUCCUGCGGCCGUUCCUGCGCCCAUGUGCCCCAGCUGAGGGCCGACGACGGCGGGAGGCGCGGGAGCAGCUACGGCAGGGAGCCGGGCGGACAGCCGCACACGGGCACCCCCACCCUGGUGGACAAGGAGACCAACACAGAGGAGGCGGGCAGUGCAGGCCUGGCUGUGCGCCCCAAGGACCGAGGCGGGCUGAGCACUCGGCAGCGCCCCCUGGUGAGGAGCAGCCUGAUCGUGCGCUCGCAGACCUUCUCCCCUGGGGAGCGGAACCAGUACAUCUGCCGGUUAAAUCGAAGCGACAGUGACAGCUCAACCCUGGCGAAAAAGUCCCUGUUUGUGAGGAACUCCACGGAGCGGCGGAGCUUGAGGGUCAAAAGGGCCGUGUGCCAGCCCGUGCUGAGGAGAGCAGCGCAGGAGCGGCCGGCGCGCACGUCGCUGGACCUGGAGCUGGACCUGGCGGCGUCCCUCACCCGCCAGAGCCGCCUCAACGACGAGCUGCAGGCCCUGCGCGGCCUGAGGCAGAAGCUGGAGGAGCUGAAGGCGCAGGGCCAGACCGACCUGCCGCCCGGGGUGCUGGACGAUGAGCGUUUCCAGAAGCUUCUGAAGCAGGCCGAGAAGCAGGCGGAGCAGGCGCAGGAGGAGCAGCAGCACGGCCUUAGCGCCGAGAGGCUGAUGCGCCGCGUGUCCAAGGAUGUGAGCCGCCUCCGGGAGCAGAGCCAGAACGUGCCCCGGGAGGUGCAGUCCUUCAGGGAGAAGAUGGCCUACUUCACCCGGGCCAAGAUCAGCAUCCCUGCCCUGCCAGCGGACGACGUGUGAGCUGCCCGCGGGCCGGCCCCCGGGGCGGCGGGACCAAGCCCGGCCCCUCCGAAAAGAGCGUCCACCUCACGCCCGGUGGAGACACGUUCAUUUGUAAAAGUGACUCGAAUGUAAUCCCUACAUGCUUGGAAAAGGAAAGAAAUCAGAAAACCACAGUGGGCUCAUCCGGUUCCCCCCACCCCCCAAAAACUGGGGAGGUGGGUGGCCAGGAACACGCCCCCACCACGGGCUGGGCCCGUCCCCAUGGCAGGCGGGAUGGGCAGCAGGACGGGCCGGCCACUCCCACGCAGGGACCCAGGCCCAGCCGGGAACCUGGAUCUCCUGGGUUUCCGUUUUGUCUGUGUCUGGCGGUGGGGGGAGGCGGAGCCCAGGCUCUGAGCACCGGGGGCAGCUGAGGACACGCCCACAGCAGGGGGGACGGGCGAAGCGCAGUGUCCCGGGAGUUUCCCGCUGGCCCCAGCAGAGAGUUGCCCGGAGUCAGGAGGCGAAAUUGGGGGCUUCCCUGGCUUCCCCAGCUCAGAGGGUCCGGGAGGGACCAGGGGCCGUCACCCACAAGCUGCAGGGAAAACCUUUCAGGGGGCAGAGGAAAGACCCCCUGGGAUGAAUCGAAGUGGCCUAGAAGGUCCGAGGAGAAAGGCUGUCCCCCAGGCAGACCUGGUGUCUGGCCGAGCCCCACCCCUACCCCGGCCCCCUGUGAGGGAGGAGGGAAGAACCUGAAUGCAGAGAACAGGCGGGGCCGUUUGUUGAGAGAAAUGGCCCUGGGGGACCAGAUGCCAGCCAGGACCUCCCUGUGGGACAGCCACCUGCCCGUCCCCGCUCUGUGGAGGCAGCUUCAAGCCACCUGGACAAAGCCUUGCUUUGCUUUGAUUUAAAAAAAAAAAAUGGGGGUAGGGGAGUGGUGGCACACCCAGCAGUGCUCAGUGGUUACUCCUGGCUCUGUGCUCCGGGCUCACGCUGGGAGGUGCUCGGGGGCCAGGUGCGGUGCCAGGAAUUGACCGUGGUGAGUGAGCAGCGUGCAAGGCAUUGCCUUCCCGGCUGGCCUGUCUCUUCAGCCCCUGGGGUCCAGCUUCUCCUUGCGUCGGUCGAUGUCAGAGUCCCGGGCUGUCGGAGACGCCAGGAGGCCGUUUGUGGUUAGGCAGCUCGCAGAGCAAGCCGGCCGAGGCUGUGUUGCAGGGGGGGUCUUGUUUGGUUUUCACACAAAAACCACCUUAAAGGAAUGCACCCUUUGAAAAGAAAAAGGGAAGAAAACAACCAGCGCCAAAUACGUCUCUUCCUAAGCUAGAAUUCUUACUCAUGGUGCAUUUUAAAAAAAAAAAAAUUUUUUUUUUUUCCCUUCAAAGCAAUGAUGCCUAUUUGGGAAGGUUCCUUUGAUCAGAACCAAGAUUCAGAUGAAGCAGUUCCUAAGCCUAGAACAUUCGCUAUUGCUCCUAAGUGUCCCCGCCACUGACGUGCAAAUGGAUUUGCAGUUCUCACUGGAUGUGAGACCACUUUCAGCAGAACCAGCCUGGCGAGCUGGCUGUCGCUUCUGCUCCCUGACUAGGGAAGGCGAGAGUCCCAUCCAUUCAUCCUUGUCAAGGUCAAAUGUGAAAGACAGAAGCUUAUUUAAUGUAGAGGUGAAGGAAGGCCGGCUGUUUUGCGGCUUCUUCAUCUCGACCAUGAAAAUGUUUAUACAAUUAUGUGUAGCUGUACCGUACGAUUUUAUUUUCUUCAUUUAUUUAUUUACGGUCUUAUUUAUGUUCUGUUUAAUAUAUAGUUUGGUUCUGGCCAUUGUAAGUGUUUGACAUAGAAGAGGCUCUCUAUUGACAGCUUUAUAAAUCUUCAUCAGAUUCGCUCUCACCUUUCACCGUCACACAAAGUUUCAGGUGUGACAGCUUAAACUGUAUCUCGGGCAGGCAGUUAACCGUUCUGACCACAGUGCUUUCGGGUCUAUUCUACACUAUGUGCUCAUUUCUAACACGAGAGACCAAUGUAUUUUAAUAUAAUCCUUUUCCACACUUUAGAAAUCAACAAUAGUGUUGUGUAUUUAUAGGCAGCUUUUAACAGUCCUAUCAUUUUUGUACUAGCCCCAGUGAUUCACAAGGACAAACCUUUUUAAUAACUUGAUCACAAAACCAUACGGGCAAAUAUGAAUUUUAAUAUUAUAAAUACUAUUUUUAAAAAGGUAGAAUUUAUUCCGCACAGGGUAAAAAGAAUGUAAUAUUUAGUUCUCAAGUUUGAAUUACCAGUAUGUUAUUACAAUUUUGUAUAUCAGAAAUCAAGUGUUACAGGUACAAAAAGAAAAUUGCUAGCCAAAAUGAACAAAGCUUAGCUGACUCUAUAGCAUGCAAAUCAAAUAAAUUUAAUAUCUUGGGGUUUUUUUUUCCUAUCACUUUAUCUGUAUUGUAUUAAAUAUCAAAAGCUCAGGACUGAACUAAAUAUUUAAUCAGGUUUAAAUGCCGAAUGUUUCUGUUUUAAUUUGUCUUGUUUGUAAAAGUAUGCAAAUACACCACAUAGAUUAACUUCA